GAAGAAAGGAAAGGAGACGGCGUCGAAAUGGGUGAGAUCGCGUUCUUCGACGUGGAGACGACGACGCCGGACGGAGCUGGCCGGAAGUUCUGUCUGUUGGAGUUUGGAGCCAUACUGGUGUGCCCUCGGAAGCUUGUGGAGGUGGAUAGCUACUGCACCCUCAUCAGACCGGGGGACUUGUCGAUGGUGCCACCAAAAAGGCUCAGUGGCAUCACCCGAGAGGCUGUCGCCGCCGCUCCGAUGUUUGAAGAGGUCGCCGACCAGAUCUUUGAGAUCUUGAAUGGGAGAGUGUGGGCUGGACAUAAUAUUCAAAGGUUUGAUUGUCCUAGGAUCAGGGAAGCGUUUGCGGAGAUCGGCCGGCCAGCUCCGGAGCCUAUUGGAGUGAUCGACUCUUUAGCUGUCUUGAAUCGUGGAUUUGGGAGGCGAGCAGGUGAUCUCAAGAUGGCAACCUUGGCUUCGUACUUCGGGCUGGGUCAGCAAAAACACAGAAGUCUUGAUGAUGUUCGUUUGAACCUAGAGGUCCUUAAGCACUGUGCCACUGUAUUGCUCUUGGAAUCCAGCCUCCCACAAAUAUUGCCCAACAGAAGUACGGGGAGUCUAGAGAUGGUAACUAGGAGCAGAGCUAAUGGGAGGUCUUGUGGGGAAGAGGCCAGCAGGAAAUCUCCUCCCACAUCUCUUGGAAACCAUAGAGCAGUUCCAUACAAAAAGGAUAAGCUUGGAAAGGUGAUGGAGAGAGCGAAGGACGCGUUGCAUGGCGCUCAAGGGACAAGGCCUCUGAAAACUCUACUCAAACAUUCGCGCUUGCUGUUGAGAUGAGAAGCAAAUGGGAAGUCUGAAAGAAAUUGACGAAUUUAGAUCACAAGCUGAUGGAUGAAAGACUUGUAGCAAACACCCUCAAAGAUUUAAAUUGUGAAAUUCUUUUUCCCACAUUCUUUAUACGGGAAUAAGCAUCCAAUCAACUAAAAUUGCUGUAUGAAUAAGAUGAUGCGAUUACAGAAAAUACAAUGCAUGAAUUCUUUUGAAA